ACGCAGACUCUUUUAGAAUGUUUAUGUUUGAAACUGAGAAAUGCUGCAGCCUACAGUUUCAGCACUACAGGACAAUGAAGAUCAAUCUACACAAAUAUUUCUCCUCUAAGUGACAUUUCCUCCCAACUAGAUUUAAUUGGGAUUUUACUCCAUUGGCAGAUCAAAAUGGCAACAGAUAUUUUAAAGGAGCAAUACAUCAACCUACAGGAGGAAAAUGACCAAUAUAAGAAGCUCAUCAGCCAGCAGAAGGGACACUUAGUCUCUCUGCACAGGAAGAUAACUGUAGCUGAGAGCAGGAUUCAAGAGAAGUUAACAGUCCCAGGUGGCAUCCUGAAACAGCAAGGGAAACACCGACGCCACAGGAAACAUAUCAGCAUCAUAGAAAACAAACUCAACCAGAACACUAUAAAGUUUGAUGAGUUGCUGUGCGGUAACAUGGAUUACCGUAAAGACAUUUCUCACCUGCUGCAACAGAAAGGCAUAGGGUGCAAUAUUGAAGAGAAAUUUAACAGACAGUUGGCUACACAGCAAAACAUCAUGGAGAAACUGGAGGAGAGGUUCACCCUUGCUUUCAACCAGAGAUUAGAGGCUGAGUCCCGAAUGCUGGAGGCGAGGGAGCAGAUCGAGGCGGAGAGAGUUCAGUUCAACAGGAGACAGAUGCAGCUCAAGACUCUCAUCAAUCAUAACACUAAACUACACACUUUCAUGGAGACGAAGCUCCAGGAAAUUAUUCCUUUGGAAGACAAUGAAGACUCCAAGAAGAGAAAGAAACAGCAGCAAUAUCAGAGUGGAGUUAAGAAGCUGGAGAUCUACAUGCAGGGACACAGUACGCUAGUGGAGGUUACCCGAGAGAGAGACCUCCGUCAGAUAGGCCACAUGUUUAUUCAGAAUGAACAGAAGAAUUUUGCUCAUAUCAACUACAUCAACGAGCUGCACAACAGAAGGAAGAUUUUGAAGAACUGUACAGACAAGAUGAAGAGUGAUAUCCUGUUCCUGGAGCAAGAGAACAAAGGACAUGAUGAGCAGAGUAAGAGUCAGUUUAAGGAGCUAGAGUAUGAGUUGGAGAAGUAUAGCUGUCUGGCUGACUCCCUGGAAAAGCAGUGCACUGUGGUUCAGAGGACUCUGGACCAGCUGAAGACUGCCAUGAAUGUCCUAUUAGACGAGAUAAUGCAAGAAGCAGUCAUUGUCACUUUUGACAACAUCACACACUUUACUAAUAUCCUUGAGGAGAGUAUUAAUAACAUGCUGAUCCAGGCCAACAACGUGGAAGACAAGCAUAUGGAGAACCUGCUCUUGGCCAACUCUGAGUUGCUACCAGAAUGUGAGGCAGUUGUGGAAACAGAGCGUAGCAGGUCUUCUUCACGCUCACUCACUUCUUCACGCUCACUCAAGUCUGCCUGAUCAGACAGUAACUGGUGGAUAACAUCCUUCCUCUUUUCACUGCAGUACAGCCUCUUACACACUUCUGAUGGCAAUAAACAACACAUGACAGUAUCAUA